AAAAUAUUUUCCUUCCCUCUUACACUGAUCUCCACCAUCAGUUCCUCUCCCUUCUAAGAAAAACAAAUCAUUCUAUUACAUGUAGAAAAAAAAAAGAAAAAAAAAGUAUUGUGUGUGCCUCAAAAAACAAAAUAGAGAGUAGUUGCAUGUCAAUUUGUUCUUUGUGAUUCACUGAUAUUGCAUAUCGUUAUCACAAAGAAACAAUUCAAUUUUUGUUUUAUCACCCCAACAUUCCCAACCUUUUCUCUUUCUUCGUGUAUUGGGCUUUGCUUAGUUUCAAAUCAAUCAAAUUAUUGAUUGCGUAAAUUUAAAAAGGAAAACUUUGCUUGUGGUCCAUCCAUGGCUAUAUGUUGUUUUUUGAUUAAUCAGGGUCCAAUCUUGUGUUGUUCCCCAUUUGGUACGCAAACCUCAACAGGGUCCUCUGUUUUAUCUUCUCUUAGGAAUUAGUGAUUGAAAUAUGGAGGAUAAUCACAAGUUGGUGGAUUUGUCAUCUUCAUGUUAUUAUGGUUGUGGAGAUGGUAUUGAAAUGGAACAGAAACAGAGAAUUACAGAAUCAGAUCACAUGAAUGCAUUUCAAUACACAGGCGAUAAAGUCGAUAGUUUUGUGAUUGAUAUGGAUGCCUACUCUUCCGGCAUCAACAAAGAUGCCACCAAUACAAAUUCCAGAAUUACGUUGCAGAGGAGCCUUUCGAGGAAAGGAUCUCAGCGUGUGGGAGAUAGGAAGUUGAAUGGCAUCACAACGCUAAGUCCUCAUAGUCAUGAUAUUAAUAAUAAUAAUAAUAAUAAGGAUGCCAUCUCUGCUUUAUGCUCACCAAAAGGUACUCUCACAGGUUCUUGCAGUACUCCAGAUAAGGCUGCAUCAAUGGCAGUGGGGUCCACUGAUCAUUUCAUUAACACCACCGCUACUGAAACCAAAUCAAUCACUCGUAGAAAUAGUUUCAUACGUUCUUCUUCUUCUUGCCCACUUGAUCCUAAAAGGGUUCUUAUUUUCUUUGCCACCUUGUCAAGCAUGGGAACAAUGUUGCUCAUAUACUUCACUCUUAUUACUAAUAAGCAAAACGAAGAUCAAUUUCUGGGUGAUACUAAUCACUGACUCAAUGAACCCACCCAAUUUAGGAACAACAUUCACAGAACUAAGACUUAGAUGUUUUAUUUUCAACAUCACCUUUUAGGCACUUUAUAAAGACAUGUAUUGUAUAUAUCACUUUUUUUUUUUUUGUUAUUGUAAAGGGAAAACAAUAAGAGACAUCCCUUAUAAUUUGUUUGUUAUGUUGGAUGUCUAGGCUUGGCAGAGGAUCAAAACGUCACUUUUUACUCUUUCUGAUUCUUGAUCCUUAUCUAAUACUAUUGCAAUAGUACUAGUUGGUGUUGGAAUAUUAAA